GAUGAGAGACAAAGAGAGCCACAUAAUUGUUAAAAAGAUGAGUAACAAACCUCACCCCCAUACUUGUCCAUCAUAACCAUAUAUCUAUAUAUCCAUUGCCACGUGUCACGGCUUAGUAGCCUGCUUGCUUAUCUGUUGAAGAAGAACUCAUUCUUCCAAAGUAACAAAACACCUACUGCUGCAACUUAAUCACCUCUGUCUGAAGCUUAAAACAAAUGGAGACAGGAGUGGCGUGCUUUGCACGUGGGACAAUCUUGCCAAGUGUUGCUUCACAACAUACUACUUCCUCAUAUGCUUCUACACGCUCCACUUCUUCUUCAUUCACCAGCAGGGUAUGUAUGUAUGUAUAGUUUAAAAUCAAGCUCGUUUUUCGGAGAGGCCUUGCGAGUAAUUCCAAGAUCAUCCCUCAAGGUUUCAAAGGCACAAAAUUCCUCACUCAUAACCAAAUGCGAAAUCGGCGAAAGUCUGGAAGAUUUCCUAUCAAAGGCCACCCCAGACAAGGGUCUGAUCAGACUGUUGAUAAGCAUGAGUGAAGCGAUUAGGACCAUCGCGUUCAAAGUGAGGACCGCAUCUUGUGGUGGCACCGCGUGUGUCAACUCAUUUGGUGAUGAGCAGCUUGCAGUUGACAUGUUGGCUGAUAAGCUUUUGUUUGAUGCAUUGAGUCACUCACACUUUUGCAAAUAUGCUUGCUCUGAAGAAGUUCCGGAGCUCCAAGACAUGGGCGGUCCGGUUGAAGGCGGAUUCAGUGUGGCAUUUGAUCCUCUUGAUGGGUCUAGCAUUGUUGACACAAACUUCACCGUUGGUACCAUUUUUGGCGUAUGGCCCGGAGAUAAACUAACCGGGGUGACUGGAAGAGACCAAGUGGCUGCAGCCAUGGGAAUUUACGGACCUCGAACCACUUAUGUUAUUGCUAUCAAGGGUUUCCCUGGAACCCAUGAAUUUCUUCUUCUUGAUGAAGGCAAAUGGCAACAUGUGAAAGAAACAACAGAAAUAUCAGAAGGGAAGAUGUUUUCUCCUGGAAAUUUAAGAGCCACUUUCGAUAACCCGGAUUACGACAAGCUGAUCAACUACUACGUAAAAGAAAAGUACACUUUGCGAUACACCGGAGGAAUGGUGCCAGACGUUAACCAGAUAAUUGUGAAAGAAAAGGGGAUAUUCACAAAUGUGAUAUCACCAACGACGAAAGCGAAGCUAAGGCUUCUUUUCGAGGUGGCUCCUUUGGGACUAUUGAUCGAGAAUGCUGGAGGUUAUAGCAGUGAUGGGACACAGUCUGUGUUAGAUAAGGUUAUUGUGAAUCUUGAUGAUCGGACUCAAGUAGCAUACGGGUCCAAAAAUGAGAUCAUUCGGUUUGAAGAGACGCUAUAUGGGUCAUCUAGACUCAAGGGUGUGCCUGUUGGAGCUUCAGCGUAAAACCGGGCUUCCUGAGAUCAUCUUUGUUUUGUAAACAUAUAUGUAAAUUAGAUGAUGUCCUAAGGAGUGUAUUGGCAGAAUGUUUUUUUGAAGAAAAUGAAACUAUUCAAGCA